AGCGAGCGAGCACGGAGGGAGGAGCAGCGGCCUCGGCCUGCGUUCGCUGGCCCGGAGGCUCGGCCCGGUUCGCGGCCACCGCCGGACCCGGGAUCGAGGCCGCCUCUGCAGGGCCUUAGCCCACCCCGCCGGGCCCGAGGACCCCCCGCCGAGGCCUGGCCGCCAGCCGACUUCAGACGCCACCGGCACGGCCAGGCCAGCAUGGUGGACCACUUGCUGCCAGUAGACGAGAACUUCUCGUCGCCAAAAUGUCCAGUGGGGUAUCCAGGUGACCGGCUGGCCAGCGGGCGGGCAUACCACAUGCUUCCCUCACCACUCUCUGAAGAUGACAGUGAUGCCUCCAGCCUUUGUUCCUGUGCCAGCCCCGACUCUCAAACCCUUUGCUCCUGCUAUGGCAGCGGACCAAGCGUCGAGGGCCAGGACAGCAUCUUGGACUUCUUGCUGUCUCAAGCCACGCUGGGCAGUGGUGGCAGUGGUGGCAACCUGGGGACCAGCAGUGGCCCCGUGGCCUGGGGAGCCUGGCGGAGAGCACCGGCACCUGUGAAGGGGGAACAUUUUUGCUUCCCUGACUUUCCUGUGGGGGACCCCGAUGAUGCCCCCCGACCCUUCCAGCCCACCCUGGAGGAGAUUGAAGAGUUUUUAGAGGAGAAUAUGGAGCCAGGGGCCAAAAAAGCGCCCGAGAGCCACCUCAAGGACUUGGAAGCCUGUGGGCAGCUGGGCACCGGGCCUCACCGGAGCCUCCUGCACCCCACUUCUGGAGGGAGAGAGCGAGGGGCUCCCUCUCCUGGUGGCAGCAGCACAGGGGACAGCCAAAGCCCCGGGAGCUGUCAGGCCCCUGAUGGCCCCAUCCCAGUGCUGCUGCAGAUUCAGCCCGUGCAGGUAAAGCAGGAGGCAGGUGCCGAGCCAGUGUCCCCUGGGCAGCCCCCGGAGAGCAUUAAGGUGGCCCAGCUCCUGGUCAACAUCCAGGGCCAGACCUUUGCGCUCGUGCCCCAGGUGGUGCCCUCCUCCAACAUGAACCUGCCCUCCAAGUUUGUGCGCAUCGCCCCUGUGCCCAUCGCCGCCAAACCCCUAGGGGCUGGAUCCCUGGGGCCCGGCCCCACUGGCCUCCUCAUGGGACAGAAAUUCCCUAAGAACCCGGCCGCAGAACUCAUCAAAAUGCACAAAUGUACUUUCCCUGGCUGCAGCAAGAUGUACACCAAGAGCAGCCACCUCAAGGCCCACCUGCGCCGGCACACGGGCGAGAAGCCAUUCGCCUGCACCUGGCCUGGCUGUGGCUGGAGGUUCUCUCGCUCCGAUGAGCUCUCCCGGCACCGUCGGUCACACUCAGGCGUGAAGCCCUACCAGUGCCUCGUGUGCGAGAAGAAGUUUGCGCGCAGCGACCACCUCUCCAAGCACAUCAAGGUGCAUCGCUUCCCCCGCAGCAGCCGGGCUGUGCGCUCCGUCAACUGAGCAUCGCAGGGGGCACCCUCACCCUGCACUCCCCCUCCAGCCCGUAUUUUGUAGCAAUAAUUUAUUUGCCUUCUUCGGAGGGACAUGGGGGAUGUUACCCGGCCACCUUCUGAAGCCCAAGGCGCAGAAGGAAGAGGGUGGGGUGAGUGGGACGCUGGUGAACCCAAGUCCCCCCUACUUUACCCUCUGCUGCCUCUCCUGAGACUCAGAGCCUGCUUCCAGGGUCCCUGGGGGCUGGGUCCCCAGGGUACCCUCUCCCCUCCAAGGGAGGCCUUUGUGCCUUCCUGCCUUUGUGCCUUCCAGGCCUCUGCUGCUGCAACAGCGCCUUGAGGGGGGCCUGGCCCUUCUUCCACUGGGCUCCCCCAUCUGGGCCACCAGCCAGCAUUCUAGUGCUGGGUAGAAAAAAGGUGGUGCAGUGUGGAAAUGUCACUUCCCAGGGGGGCGCCUGGGAGGGAUGGAGAGGGAGUGGAGGCAAAGAGUCCAGGGCUGCAUUGGGUCUUGGUGCUUUUUGCCCAGGUGCCCAGGCUGGGGGCAAAUGGGGCUGAACUGGAUCUUCUUCCCUGAGGAAGAAGGGUACAUGUCCCUGGGGGGUGAUGGUGCAUGUAGGUAUGUGUGUAAUGUCAGAUAGAUGGGAUUAGCCUCUGAACCUCUGGGCACCAUUGCUUUCCCCUACCCCGAUCCUAACCUUUGGGGUCACCUCGGGGAGGUGGUGAGCAGGUUGCAUGGUGUGUGAAAGAUUAGCUAGAUAGAGCCCCCUUCCUGAUUUAGAAAUGCAUUCCUUAUUUUGUCUAGAAAUUAAUAUCAAGUGAACUAGCUUGUGUUGACAGGUUUAUUUCACAUCCUAUGAAUGUAUGUAAAUAAACUGUACAUAGGAACAUCGACGUAAAAUAUCUUUUAAUAACAGAUCCACAUUUGUGUAAAUUUGAAAUUAAAAAGAAUCUAUGGAACUGGUGUA